CGCUAACUCCACCUCCUUCACGUCUUCCCUCCCAUCCCCCACCAACAAAACCUCAGCACCAACAAACUUAGCAACAGACAAGCAGCAUCGCGCGGAAGGCCAUCGCCGCCGCCGCGCCGCGCCGCCACCACCUCCUCCUCCUCAUCAUGCUCCCGCUCCUCCUCCUCCUCCUCCUCCUCCUCUUCGCCUGCGCCGCCGUGCCCGUCUCGACCGCCCGGGACGCUCCCCCCGGGGAGACCGCGCCCGAGACGCCGCUCUUUGGCGGUGGCGGCGGCGACGAGAAGCCGAGCGCCUACGAGAUGCUGGAGCGGUUCGGGUUCCCAAGGGGCAUCCUGCCGGAGGGCGUGACGGGCUACACGCUCCGGCCGUCGAGCGGUGAGUUCGAGGUGUACCUCGGGGGGACGGAGGAUAUUCCGUGCGAGUUCGAGGUCGACGGCGGGUACCGGCUCACCUACCAGCGGCGGAUCUACGGCAGGGUGUCCGGCGGCAGCAUCAGCGACCUCCACGGCGUCACGGUGAGGGUCUUCUUCAUGAACUGGGGCAUCGACCGCGUCGUCAUGGCGGACGCCGCCCACCUAAUGUUCUACGUCGGUCCGCUCUCACAGUCCUUCUCGGCGGACAGCUUCGAUGAGUCGCCGCGGUGCCGGUACCGCCACAGCGGCGGCGCCAUCGCCGUCGCGGUGAUGUAGAAUCACCCGUUGAGUACGUACGAGUGAUUAUUGUUUGCAAUCGGACGAAACAAUCGAACACAAAAAUGCCUUGCUAAUUAACCGGUUCAUUUGAUUCAUUUGGGAUAUUUAUUUAUUAUUGAUCUUUUUUCUCGUCUGUGCGUAUGUCAGAAAUUAUAUAUUCUGUCAAGUUAUUAUUAGGUGGCCCAAAUAUGAUUGAGAUCACGUAGCAUGAUUUCCAGUUGCGUACAUGCAUGAUGCAUGAUGCGUACAUGCAUGAUGCAUAUUGCGUACUAUUAAUUUUAGUACGGACAAACAUUUAAUAAAAGAACCACGUUGAGUUGCAUACACACUUGCAAAUACCAGUUUAUAUACAACACAUGUAUCUUUAUUCUCGCAUACAAUUUAUAU